AAACCGCGGUCGUCGAGGUCGAGUCGAUCUCACGGUUCAGCAGGACGACCGAUUCAGGAAACUAGGAACGGCAAAACAAAACAAAACAGAGACAGACAACCGCCUCUAAAAUCGCCCCUGGUUUCACGAACUACCUCAUAAAAGCAAGCCAUUAAAUAACUCCUUCCCCACUUUACUAGCUUCAUUCAGUUUCAGUCCUUUCUCCCAGACUAGCUAAGCUAACACCACAAAUACGAAAAAACAAAACCAAAAAAAUAAAUAAAUAACUUGUCGCUUAGGCGAAAGAAAUCCAACAAAAACCCUUUCCCCAAAUACCCAGGAAAAUUUCCCACAUUAUCUGAUCUCUGCUUGUUUUCUUGAGAGAGAGAGAGAAUCGUUUCUUGUUCCAUGGACACCAAAAUCGGUAGCAUCGACGCUUCCAAGCCCACCUGCAAUGAUGUCGGAUCCCUACCUAACGGCGGGGUUUCGAUUGUCCAGAACUCGGUGUCCCCGGCCGUGAUGGGAUCGUCCGAGGCAACACUUGGCCGCCACAUCGCUCGUAGGCUCGUCCAGAUUGGUGUCACCGAUGUCUUCUCUGUCCCCGGUGAUUUCAACCUAACCCUUCUCGACCACCUCAUUGCCGAGCCUGGCCUCAACCUCAUCGGCUGCUGUAACGAGCUCAAUGCUGGGUACGCUGCUGAUGGCUACGCCCGCUCCCGUGGCGUUGGGGCUUGCGUUGUCACCUUCACCGUUGGUGGCCUCAGCGUUCUCAACGCCAUCGCCGGGGCUUACAGCGAGAAUCUUCCCAUCAUUUGUAUCGUCGGGGGCCCCAACUCCAACGACUAUGGCACCAACAGGAUUCUCCAUCACACCAUCGGAUUGCCGGAUUUCAGCCAAGAACUUCGAUGUUUCCAGACUGUCACCUGCUACCAGGCAAUAGUGAAUAACUUGGAAGACGCUCACGAACUGAUCGAUACGGCGAUCUCGACGGCUUUGAAAGAAAGCAAGCCUGUUUACAUUAGCGUUAGUUGUAACUUGUCGGCAAUUCCCCAUCCUACUUUCAGUCGUGAGCCCGUCCCGUUCUCGCUCGCACCAAGGGUGAGUAAUCAAAUGGGUCUACAAACGGCAGUUGAAGCCGCAGCGGAGUUCCUGAACAAGGCAGUGAAGCCCGUCUUGGUGGGCGGACCGAAGCUCCGGGUGGCUAAGGCUACUGAUGCGUUUGUUGAACUUGCGAAUGUCUCUGGUUAUGCGGUUGCGGUGAUGCCUUCUGCGAAAGGGCUGGUGCCAGAGCACCUACCUCGGUUCCUUGGUACUUACUGGGGUGCUGUUAGUACUGCUUUCUGCGCCGAGAUUGUGGAAUCGGCAGAUGCUUAUCUAUUUGCAGGUCCCAUUUUCAAUGACUAUAGUUCAGUUGGGUAUUCGCUGCUCCUGAAGAAGGAGAAGGCGAUCCUUGUUCAACCCGAUCGGGUUGUUAUUGGUAAUGGCCCUUCUUUUGGGUGCAUUCUGAUGAAAGACUUCCUCGUGGAACUCGCAAAGAAGAUAAAAUGCAACACAACGGCAUACGAGAACUACCACAGGAUCUUUGUGCCGCAGGGGAUGCCCCUCGAAAGUCAGCCAAAGGAGCCUUUGAGGGUUAACGUUCUUUUCAAGCACAUACAGGCAAUGCUCUCAAGCGAUACGGCUGUCAUUGCCGAGACAGGGGACUCCUGGUUUAACUGCCAGAAACUGAAGUUGCCGGAGGACUGCGGGUAUGAGUUCCAGAUGCAAUAUGGAUCAAUUGGAUGGUCUGUGGGAGCAACGCUUGGUUAUGCACAGGCUGUGCCCAACAAGCGAGUAAUUGCAUGCAUAGGUGACGGAAGCUUCCAGGUGACAGCACAAGAUGUGUCGACAAUGUUGCGUUGUGGGCAGAAGAGUAUCAUAUUCCUCAUAAACAACGGAGGGUACACCAUAGAAGUUGAGAUCCACGACGGUCCCUACAAUGUUAUCAAGAACUGGGACUACACCGGACUUAUUGAUGCAAUCCAUAACGGUGAAGGAAAUUGUUGGACAUCUAAGGUUCGAUAUGAAGAGGAGCUUGUGGAAGCGAUCAAGACGGCGACGGGAGAUAAGAAGGAUUGUUUGUGCUUCAUAGAGGUAAUUGCUCACAAAGAUGACACAAGCAAAGAGUUGCUUGAAUGGGGAUCAAGAGUCUCAGCUGCCAACAGCCGCCCGCCCAACCCUCAGUAGAGUUGGGAGUGUUGGACUGAGGAAGCGUGAUUUCCUCAAGUGAUGAUGAUCUUAUGGCGUCCCUCGUUUUUUGGUUUAAUUCGUUAUAUAAUUCGAUGUCGUUUGUUCCUCGAUUGUAGCUCCUCUCUUUAAGUUUUUAUAUUUGUUUCCAUGGAAUUGAAGUUGUACCACUCCACUGAAACUUGAAAAACUCUUGGUCUUGGGUGUGUGUAUGCUUGUGCAAGAAGGAAGAGAGGAGGGACAAACAUGUAAAGGGAGAGUUUGGAAGUCUUUGUGUUGGCAGAAACUUUCUCCAAUGUCAUAUGCCAUAUUAUGGAUAAUCCAAGUGUUCAACUGAACUUUAUUAUCUUCUUAGAAACCUAGGAACUAUAUAUGUCAUCAGAACAGAAUUUUCUGUUGUUGGAAGUUAAAAUUGAUGGCUGGCUUGA